AUGCCACCCCACUCCACACCAUCCCAUGCCACCCCUCUCCCCACCAGCCCCCGCCGCCCCUCUCCCCACCAUCCCCCACCGCCCCUCUCCCCACCAGCCCCCACCGCCCCUCCCCCACACCAUCCCCCACCGCCCCUCCCCCCACACCAUCCCCCGCCGCCCCUCCCCCCACACCGUCCCCCGCCGCCCCUCUCCCCACACCGUCCCCCGCCGCCCCUCUCCCCACACCGUCCCCCGCCGCCCCUCUCCCCACACCGUCCCCCGCCGCCCCUCUCCCCACACCGUCCCCCGCCGCCCCUCUCCCCACACCGUCGCCCGCCGCCCCUCUCCCCACACCGUCCCCCGCCGCCCCUCUCCCCACACCGUCCCCCGCCGCCCCUCUCCCCACACCGUCCCCCGCCGCCCCUCUCCCCACACCGUCCCCCGCCGCCCCUCUCCCCACACCGUCCCCCGCCGCCCCUCUCCCCACACCGUCCCCCGCCGCCCCUCUCCCCACACCGUCACCCGCCGCCCCUCUCCCCACACCGUCCCCAGCCGCCCCUCUCCCCACACCGUCCCCCGCCGCCCCUCUCCCCACACCGUCCCCCGCCGCCCCUCUCCCCACACCGUCCCCCGCCGCCCCUCUCCCCCGCACCGUCCCCCGCCGCCCCUCUCCCCCGCACCGUCCCCCGCCGCCCCUCUCCCCCGCACCGUCCCCCGCCGCCCCUCUCCCCCGCCGCCCCUCUCCCCCGCCGCCCCUCUCCCCCGCCGCCCCUCUCCCCCGCCGCCCCUCUCCCCCGCCGCCCCUCUCCCCCGCCGCCCCUCUCCCCCGCCGCCCCUCUCCCCCGCCGCCCCUCUCCCCCGCCGCCCCUCUCCCCCGCCGCCCCUCUCCCCCGCCGCCCCUCUCCCCCGCCGCCCCUCUCCCCCGCCGCCCCUCUCCCCCGCCGCCCCUCUCCCCCGCCGCCCCUCUCCCCCGCCGCCCCUCUCCCCCGCCGCCCCUCUCCCCCGCCGCCCCUCUCCCCCGCCGCCCCUCUCCCCCGCCGCCCCUCUCCCCCGCCGCCCCUCUCCCCCGCCGCCCCUCUCCCCCGCCGCCCCUCUCCCCCGCCGCCCCUCUCCCCCGCCGCCCCUCUCCCCCGCACCAUCCCGCGCCGCGCCCCUCUCUCGCACCACCCCCCGCCGCGCUACUCUCUGUCCCAAACUGUGUGCUAUAUGUCGUACAAUCGCCUCAGGAUUGUGUCCUGCACAACCAGAACAGUAAUUUCGUCUGUGUGUUUGUACGUUGACGCUAACUGGAAGUCCAGCUGCUUCUUUCCACAACACCAGAGCAGAUCACUGAAAUGGUACGAGGUGAAGGUAACUGUCGAUCUGGGUGCUACUCAGCGUACACUGGUCCAACUGUGGUUGCAAUCAACAUAA